UUCAUGCAUGUUAAUGAUGUAAAGAGGAAGGAAGCCAAGGUCUCAACUGAUCUAUUUCUAUCUCUUAUCGUGUCUGGCUGACAAACAUCAUUUCUCAAGAGUGGAAUCUAGCUGCUGAUGAGGCUUCACCACAGAGACGUGAGAAACAAUGAUGGGUUUGAGAGAAGCAGCGAGUUGCUUUGUCAUCUUCCUUCUUUCUGUGUCAGGUCAAGGUCACAGUGGCCUCAUGAAACCUGUUCCUGGCCUCUCGAUCAUGAUGUUUCUAGUCUGUCUUUGGAGAAUUUCCUCAAAAUUGGUGCAGGGUGAGGAUCCCUGGGGAGUGAGGUGCACUCCGACUCAGAUCUGUGCUGUAAAAGGAUCGAAGGUGCAAAUACGCUGCUCCUACUGGCACCCAUCCAGAAUAGAUGACCUUGAUGUUGCAGUGGAGAAAACUUUCUGGUUUACUAAAGUGCAGGAUGGUCAACCUGUGGAUCUGAGAUCAGCCUCUGAGUACACAGGUCGUGUGAAGUAUGACUGUGGAAACAAGGCCUGCACUCUGACCAUCACAGACCUGAGAGACAGCGACUCUGAUGUGUACCAGUUCAGGUUCACAACAAACCAACCUACUGGGAGUUUAACUGGUUCACCUGGAGUCUCCUUGUCUGUCACUGGAGUCCAGGUGCUCACCACAAAAAUAUCAGCUUGCAAGACGUAUGACUGUUCAUGGUCACAUGUGGAGUGUCAAACCAGUUGUUCUCCAACUCCUAGUCCGUCCUACAUCUGGUACAAGAACGGACAAAAGACAUCGGGAGAAAAAUCUUAUACAGCCUACUUUUAUUCAAGAGACAGUAUUUCCUGUGCUGUGAGAGGCCACGAGGAUUUCCCCUCUGCUCCAGUGUGUGUCCAUGGAAAUUCAUGCAACAGAGUGAAUUACAUCGACAGGAACAUCUGUGCCUUUAAAGGCUCCUCAGUGGACAUCUCUUGCAGUUACAGCAGUCACUAUAAUCCUAUCACAUCUAAGUCCUGGUUGGUUGCUGAGCGUGAGGAUGUGCAGCUGCAUCGUCCUCAAGCUGUGGACUUACUCAACGACCCAGAGUUCACAGCUCGUGUUCAGGUCCUUGAUCCAGAGCCAGGGCGCUCCACUCUGAGAAUAAUGAACCUGAGACUGAGCGAUUCAGCCCAGUAUCGCUUCACAUUCAAAUGGAAGUGGUUUGAAUGGAACAGAAGUUUCCCUGGCACAACUCUGACUGUCACAGAUCCAGAUGUUCAGGUGAUCUGUUCUCCGAUUGGUCCAACACUGACUUGUCACAGCAGCUGUCUUCUCUCUGGUCGUCCCUCCUUUGUCUGGUUCAAGAAUGGAAGAGAAAUUCACGGGGAAACGUCUCCAACUUUCAGGGGAUUCCUUCACCCUGAAAACAACUAUUCCUGUGCUUAUGAGCAUCACCACUCGUCCCCUGUGUAUGCUCCGAAGGUUCCUUUAGUGCAGCUGAGUCAACCUGGAGACAUUCUGAAGGACAGCUCAGUGUCUCUGACCUGCAGCAGUGAUGCUAACCCACCCCCUGCAUACACCUGGUACAAGGAGAACCAGACUUUGCUCAACAGAGCAGCUCAGCUGGUUUUCAGCUCCAUUCUGUUGUCUGACUCUGGAGAAUAUUACUGCACAGCUGAGAAUGCGCUGGGGAAGACAACGUCUAAACGUGUCUUAAUAAAUGUGAAAUACGCUCCAAAGCCUCCCUCUGUGUCAGUGAGUCCCUCUGGUAAGAUCAUGGAGGGCAGCUCGGUGACUCUGACCUGCAGCAGUGAUGCUAACCCAGCAGCUAACUACACCUGGUACAAGAGAAGUGGAGAUAAACAAGUUCAACCAACAGCAUCAGGACAAAACUUCACCAUCACUGAUAUCACAGCUGAACAUGGUGGAAAGUAUCAGUGUGAGGCCCAGAACACACACGGACGUAGUAACACCACCUUACAUCUGACUGUUGGAGCAGGUGCUUGGAAAUCAGCAGUGACUGGAACAACCACAGCUCUUCUCCUGGUGGUCAUCCUCCUCACUGUCUUCCUGUGGAUCAGAAGAAACAAGUCCUUCACACAACAGCGUGAGUGCGGUGAGAGACCAGAAGACAGAGCGCAGAUUCCAGCUGCGGCACACACACGACCAGCAGAGCAGCACCAUGAGGUCCACUACGCCAGCGUCUGCUUCACCCAGAACCGGGCAGAUGACCUCUACUCCAACAUAGGUCGAGUUCAACCCCAGAGGGAAACUGAGGAAGACGAGGAGGAGGCUGAAUACAGCGCUGUUCGAUUUGACAGUGCAACAGGAACAAGACGUGAAGAAGAGGGGGACGAUUCAUCUGCAGUGUACAGCACAGUCACCAAACACUGAAGAGACACAACGUGAAUCUGUUGUUUAUAUGUGGAUUUUACAUUAUCACAGAACCAGGAGAAAUAAAACAUAUAGACAUGUGCA